AGCGGGCCAGCGGCUCCAUUCAGUAGUUUGUUGCAUAGCCGUCCCAGCACGGCAGUCGACCGCCACCUCCGCCUGCUAUCCCAGGGAUAUUUUUGUUUGCGUAGAUAGAUGGCACUCAACGAUGGUGAUAGAGAUGAGUUAGAGACCGUGCCUGACCCUGCUACUUGGACCUUAUCAGAGGAGAAUACCUUUAUUAAUAUCAUGGCUAAAGAGGUAAAACGGGGAAAUCGGCACUCAACCACGUUUUCAAGGUCAAGUUGGUCUUUUAUUGAACGAGAGUUCUAUGAAAAAACCAACAGGAGGUACAACCAUGCUCAGUUCAGGAAUAAGUACAACCAAUUAAGGAUUCACUAUUUAUGGUUUACCAAGCUGUUGAAGGAACCUGGCUUUACUUGGGACCCUGUGCUUGGAACUGCAAUUGCAGCUGAUGAUGUAUGGGAAUCAUAUUUGAAGACGAACAAGAAAGCAAGGAGAUUCCGGAAGAAAGGGUGCCCGAUGUACAAUGAACUAGUAAUCAUAUUCUGCGAUACAGCUACAGAGUACAAAGAUGCAUAUCCACUUACACGGUAUCCUUCUCAUAGCGGUGAGAAGGUCGAUCUAGAAUACGAAUCAACUAAUGAAACUCCCCAGGCUUUUCCAGUCGGUAGUAGCAGCGCUGGUAAAGAUUGUCAAAGUGUUGGAAAAAGGCGCCGGUCCCCAUCCCCAAUCCCGACCCUCCAUCUUCACAAGAACAAAGAGGCAAAGAUAGAUGAAUCUCUGAAGGAAACCAUUAGAAUGACAGUUUCAAACAAACAAGGGUCAGACCCCAUAAGUGAUAGGACCCAGAAUCUUGAAGGAUGUCCUGAACCCAGUUCUUUCUCUAUCACCAACUGCGUCAAGUGUUUGGAAUCGAUACAAGAUGUGGAUACAACUACCUACAUAAAAGCAAUUAAAAUGUUUAAAGAUGUGGAUUGGAGAGAAAUGUUCAUGGCAAUGUCUGCACAAAGAAGAUCAGAUUGGUUGGCUAGCUUGGAAUGAUCAGCAAGAUUUGCAGGAAAAAGGUCGAGUUCCGACACCCCUUGUGGGUUCUCCGGAACCACCGUCUGAGCAGCACCUCCUCCUCCGGCGAACGAUGAGGGAAACAGAGAUGGAUCGACGUGGUGAAGUAGCCAUUCGAUGGUCUGGCCGUCGGUACGGUGACCCAGCUCUCGGGUGAGCUGGAAUAUGCGAGCCGCACACAGCGCCGGGACCCUGACUCUCCGGCCUCUCCCGUUGACCUUGGCGUGGCGGUCUUUCUUCCUCUUUGACUGUUUGUUUGUGGGGUUUUCAAUUGAAAGUGGACUAUUGGAAGGAACGAGUUGAUGAUGGUUGUCCACGGAGGAAGACGGCGGAGGUGGCGGUGGGGCUUGAUCAAAUCUGUGGUUGAAGAUUUUGUCUGGGGCUGGGUCCAUGGGACUUUUCUAGGGUUUUUAGUGCAAAAAGGGUAAGGUUAGGCUUUUUGAUUCUUGGGAGAUAGAGAUAAGAUUUGGAUUCGAAUUUGGAUUUGAGUUUAUAUAAUCAAUGUAAACUAUUUGUGUUUUGUGGCAGAGAUUUUGAAUUCCGAAAUUAUUGAUUUGGUUUUGGGCCU